AUGCUGGACGUGGUGAUCGUCGGAGCAGGGAUAUCGGGCAUCUCAUGUGCGAAGCACAUCCGCGCCAGCGAUGGCAUGCGGCAGCAUCGCAUCAAAGUCCUGGAGGCCACAGACAGAACAGGCCAGUUCUCACUGCGAUUACAAGAGGACGCGCCAAAACCGUCGUGCAGAAAGACGGCUCAAUUGUCGAUUGGGGCACAACCUGGAUCCACGGCGGACCAGGGAAUGCCGCUUGGCGUGAUCCAUGAUUUUGCGACAGAGAAAGGUUUGAUGCUGGACAAGGAUUGGAUGUCCGAUCCUAAGUGGCAGUGGGAGGUACUGCCGUUGAGGCAUUUGCACGGGUCGGAAGCUUCCCCCACCGAGAAGCAAGCGUUCGAAGAAAUGGAAAGUGCGUUUGACAGUUUCACGGACAAAGAGGCAGUCGGCGACCAAGCCGACGAAAAGUCACUGGGGGCUUUGUUGGAUGAAGAGUUCCAGAAAUGGGCACAGCAGAAAGAGCAUGAUGCAGCAAUGAUGCAAACAAUGUUUGAAUUCAAGAAGCGCGAGAUGUCGUCGGGUGUCGGAAGUCCGGACUUAUACACCGCGAGUGCAAAUGGCUUUGUCCAGGCCGAAGACGGUUUCGGUCACGACUGCAUCCCAUUGCCCCACGGGUAUUCUUCCAUCGUUGACGCGAUGCUGAAGGAGGUUCCGGGCUUGGAGAUUCAGCAUGGUGCAGCAGUGAAGGAGGCGACCAGUCACGAUGACCAUGUGGAGAUCACCUUGGAGAAUGGGGAUAAGCUGCAGGCACGCACGGUGGUGUUCACAGUGUCCGUGGGUGUGCUGAAGUCAGGACAGAUUCGAUUCAAGCCGGAGCUUCCGCAGGAAAAGCAAGAAGCCAUUCAACGGAUGGGAUUCGGGCAUGUGGAGAAGUGCAUCUUGACGUUUGACAACGAUACUUGGGAAACUCUGAAGCAUGGAGUUCACUGUCUGUGGCCACCUGAGCGUGAUGGAUAUCGGAAUGCCGUCCUGAACGAUUGGGAGCAGAGCAUUGUGGCCUUCUACCCCAACCAGCCGCGUUCGAGCCGCUCUUUGGUGGCCUGGAUUGUGGCAGACGGUUUCUCAAAUACUUCUGCGCCGGAAAAGGUCAUGAACUUGUUGCGCCGCUGCCUGGGUCGCGAUGUUCCAGAUCCCGUAGAGACCAACUUGACGAACUGGGGGCGAGAUCGGCGCUUUUUGGGCUCAUGGUCCUAUCUGUCCGCCGGUCAGCCGCUAGAUGCGUUUGGGAUGCUCGGCAAGCCAUUUGGAAGAGUCUUCUUUGGUGGAGAGCAUACGCACCCAAAGUACUUCGGGACAGCACAUGGUGCGUAUGAAAGCGGGGCCAGGUGUGCCCAAGAAGUGAUCGAGAAGCUCUCCCCGCCCUUGUGA